UAAGCGUUAGCUUCGUCAUCAUCAGGUGACAACAACAACAAGCAGUGUUUGAUCCGCAGAAAACCGACUCAUUUAUUAAUCUUAAUCAUUCAUGUUUGAAGGGCUUAUUUAACACAAUGGCGCAAAAAAUCAACGAAGCUCACGAGCACAUCGCCAAGGCUGAGAAAUAUCUGAAGACGAGUUUGAUGAAGUGGAAGCCGGAUUAUGACAGCGCUGCUGCAGAGUACGCUAAAGCAGCGGUCGCCUUCAAGAACGCCCGACAGCUGGAGCAGGCGAAAGAAGCGUAUUUACUGGAGGCCGAGGCUCACACCAACCACAGAUCUCUGUUUCAUGCUGCCAAGGCCUUCGAGCAGGCAGGAAUGAUGCUGAAGGACAUGCAGAGGCUGCCCGAGGCUGUGCAGUACAUAGAGAAGGCCAGCAUGAUGUAUGUGGAGAACGGCACUCCAGACACCGCCGCCAUGGCCCUGGACCGAGCCGGGAAGUUGAUCGAGGCGCUGGAUUUGGCCAAAGCGGUGGAUCUGUACCAGCAGGCAGCAGGAGUGUUCGAGAACGAGGAUAGACUGAGACAAGCAGUGGAGCUCGUCGGCAAAGCUUCCAGACUUCUCGUUAGACAGCAGAAGUUUGAAGAAGCCGCUGUGUCCCUCCAGAAGGAGAAGAACAUGUAUAAAGAGAUCGAGAAUUAUCCGACGUGUUUUAAGAAAACCAUCGCACAAGUGCUGGUGCAUCUGCACCGAGGAGACUAUGUGGCGGCGGAGAAGAGCGUGCGGGAGAGCUACAGUAUCCCAGGGUUCAGCGGGAGCGAGGACUGCGUGGCCAUGGAGCAGCUUCUGCAGGGAUACGAUGAGCAGGACGAGGAGCAGGUGUCUCGCGUCUGCACCUCACCGCUGCUCAGAUACAUGGACAACGACUAUGCAAAGCUUGCCAUCAGCCUGAAGAUUCCUGGAGGAGGGAAGAAGAAAGCCUCUGCUGGUGGAGAUGCUGGAGCCGCGGCGCCGGAGGAAGACGAGGAUGAGUACGCUGGAGGCCUCUGUUAAACCCCACAAACAUAUCCCACACCACGAAGGAGCAAGCAUGAUCCUAAACAUUAUAUUCCUGUGCUGGAGGGGUUUGUGUCUCAAGAAGCUUCUGGAGAAGAAAAGCCUCUUGAUUCUAGGCCUCUCUUAAGUGUGCAUAUUUAUUUAGGUUUGAUUUCCAAAACUCAUGGACAUUUGUUUUUCAUAAAAGUUUUCCUUCCCAUAUUGAAGCUUGUUUCUGCCACGUGACGCAACAAUUAAAGACUUUUUAUCUCACAAUUCAACUCUUUCUUCUAUAUAAACGAAGGAUUGCUAAACGUAGUGAGACGUCAUUUCAAAAUCUGUGAGAUAUAAAUGCAGAAUUGCACUUAUAAUAUACACUUGCACCAAUUCAGACGUUUUUUCAUGCAAUUGCAAUAGUCCCUUUGAAAAUACAACAGCAACAGAGAAUAAAUGGCAGAAUUGUGAGAUGUAAAAUGUUGAUUUAUGAAGAGGGAAAAAAGUAGGAAUUGGGAAUUGAAAACAGAAUGUAAAAAUAAAAAAAUAAAAAUAAAAAUUUGAAUUGCGAGGGGAAAGUCCAAAUUGUGAGAAAAAAAAAAAAACUUUUUUAAAUGCAUGGUGGAAACGAGCUUCACGACCCACAGCUGACGGACAGCUGUACGGUUCGACGGGAGUAAACCAGGAGCUCAGUCUUUAUUUGUGCAGUGUUUCAAACAUUUUGACUAGUGCUGGAAUACUACACAAGUCAUUGUUUUACUUUAUACUGCAUAUCUUCUAUAUGCUGGAAAUGAAAUAACAGUGCCUGCCUUACCAAAAGAGGGAAUGUAUUUACUGUACAUUGUGUUUGUAGCUUCAAUAUUGUUUAAACUCAUUCCACUCAACUGAGUCUUGUCACGUAGACCAUCAGCAGAAAAUGAAGCAGCAUGAAAUGCAUGAAAUGCCUUAAGAAUAUCUGAACAUGAGAAACCCAGUCUUAGUUGAUUUUUUUGUUUUAAUGGAGAAAGUGUGCUUUGAAACUGCAGGGAACAAUUUCUGUUCAUUCUGGAUUUGCAUGGUUUCACAACGCCACUGAAUAAAGAGAAUCUGUGAUUUUUGCAUAUUUAA